GAUCGAUGGUUUGGGCAAAGCCGCAACACCAUGGAGAAGAAGCUGUCCCUGUCCAUCCUCCUCUGCCUCGUCCUCCUGCGCGCCGGCUCCGGCCACGGCACGCGCAUCCUCCACGACGUCGACGCCGAUUACGGCGAGGGCUUCGUCUUCGGCGACAAAGCGGCCGCCGCCGAGACGGAGCCGCUGGACCCGUCGAUCGACGACUACGAGAACGAGAUCAGCCACGUGGAGUUCGAGCCGGACGUCGGCAGCACGUCCUAUGCCGCUGCGGCUGCGGCUGCGGCAGCGGCCGCGCCGGCUCCCGGGCCGGCGGCUGGGAACGCCGCCGGCAGCGGCAGCAUGAAGUGGUGGCUGCCGCCGUCGACGAUCCCGUCGUUCCCGCUGUUCCCGAACCCCGGGAUGCCCGGGCUCGGCAUGCCGCUCCCGGGCAUCCCCUUCAAGCCGAUCGGCUGGGGCGCCCCGGCGCCGCCCGCCCAGUCCGCGCCGCCUCCCCCCGCCGGCGCCGACAGCGACGCGGACCCGAGCGCCGCCGUCCAAGUCAUCAACUGACACGACACGAAUCCGCGCCGAAUAUCGAUGACGUGGCGGAGGACACGUCCUAGAUUUCAAAUUUCCAAACAAAAACGAGGCACAAAUUUUAAAUUUAUGUGAAAUAAGUUCAGCAGAGGUCUCUCAAA